AUGACCAGAUGGAUACAAAAACUAGCCAACCUUCCAAUCGCUGCCGUCACCGCCGCUGACGUGAUCGACUCUGUGGAGAAUCGAUGGCGUCAACUGAGGGACACAGACCAGUCGACGGCCCUGGCCGUCCUCGGUCGCGCACGCCGCCAACACCAGGACUGGUUCACUGGCAACGAUGCCGCCAUCAGCAAUCUGCUCGCAGAGAAGAACCGCCUAAACAAAAGCCUACGUAGACCACCCCACUGA